UCACUUUCCAGCGCCGGUACCUACCCCGCUUUCCGAACUAAAUACUUCCUCCCGCCUCACCAUCGCUACGUAAUCCGCAAAACCGCGCGCUGUCUACACGAGAGAGAGAGAGAGAGAGAGAGAGAGAGAGAGAGGAGAAGACGAUGGAGUCCCCCAUCCUCCCCACCAUUCCCCUCGUCGCCCUCUCCAAAACCCUAAAGCUCUCCUCCAAACCCUCCCUCCGCCUCCGCCGCCUCCCGCGCUCUCUGCCACCGGCUCCGGCGAGGAUCCCCGCCGGAGUGGCCAGGUGCUUCGGGAGUAACCCCGCCGAUUCCCGGUGGUCGAGGGAGCUGUUCCUGCUCUCGUUCGGCGGGAGUGUGCUUUGGAGCUCGCCGAAACCCUCGGCGCCGCUGUCGAGGGGAUUGGCGAGCAUCUCCGGCUCCUUGCCCGCCUCGUCCGGGCCCCCUGGGGGCGGCGGCGGCGGAGGCGGAGGAGGCGACGGAUCGGGAGGAGGAGGGAGGGGCGCGCGCGCCGUAGGCGUGGUGGCCGAAGAAGCCGCGUCUCCGGGGUCGGAUGUUAUAAUUCUUGAUGUUGGAGGCAUGUCUUGCGGGGGAUGCGCCGCGAGCGUGAAACGCAUUCUGGAGAGCCUGCCUCAGGUAACCUCUGCAAGUGUCAACCUUGCAACUGAGACAGCAGUCAUAUGGGCUGCUUCCGAUGCCAAAGAUACAGAUAAUUGGAAACAGCAUUUGGGGGAGAAACUUGCUGAUCAUUUGACUGCAUGCGGUUUCAAAUCCAACUUUCGAGAUUCUGCAAAAGAGAACUUGUACUCGGUCUUUGAAAGAAAGAUGGAUGAAAAGCUCAAAUUAUUGAAAGAGAGUGGUCGAGAACUUGCUGUCUCGUGGGCGCUAUGUGCUGUUUGCGUGCUAGGACAUGCCUCCCAUUUUUUUGGAGCUAAUGCCCCUUCAUUUAUGCAUGCACUUCAUUCUACCAGAUUUCACUUUACACUCUCAGUAUUUACAUUUAUAGGCCCUGGUCGGAAACUUAUAUCUGAUGGGCUGAAGAGCCUGUUUAAAGGAUCCCCAAACAUGAAUACUUUAGUUGGUUUAGGUGCUUUGUCAUCUUUUGCAGUUAGUUCGGUUGCAGCCUUAGUCCCAUCGCUGGGAUGGAAGACAUUUUUUGAGGAACCAAUAAUGUUAAUAGCAUUUGUCCUGCUAGGAAAGAAUCUUGAACAAAGAGCAAAGCUAAAAGCAACCAGUGACAUGACAGGGCUUCUUAAUGUUCUACCAAAAAAAGCACGCCUUGUUGUUGAUAAUGAUCCUGAUCAAUCAUCAUCAUUCGUUGAGGUUCCUUGUAAUAGCCUUGCUAUUGGGGACCGUAUCAUUGUGCUACCAGGAGACCGUGUUCCAGCGGAUGGAGUUGUCAAAGCUGGAAAAAGCACAGUUGAUGAGUCAAGUUUAACUGGGGAAGCUAUGCCAGUGACAAAACUACCUGGGGCUGAGGUGACAGCAGGAAGCAUUAAUUUAAACGGUAAGCUUACAGUUGAAGUAAGAAGACCUGGUGGUGAAACCGUAAUGGCAGACAUAGUUCGCUUAGUAGAAGAAGCACAAACAAGGGAAGCGCCUGUGCAGCGACUAGCUGACAAGGUUGCUGGACAUUUUACGUAUGGAGUCAUGGCACUCUCUGCGGCCACUUUUAUGUUUUGGAAUUUGUUUGGUUCACAACUUGUACCAGCUGCUAUACAACGAGGAAGUUCAAUGUCUCUGGCUUUGCAGCUCUCCUGCAGUGUCCUCGUUGUUGCAUGUCCUUGUGCACUCGGCCUGGCCACACCUACUGCUGUUCUGGUUGGAACUUCACUAGGAGCAACCAAAGGGCUGCUUUUACGUGGUGGAAACGUCUUGGAGAAACUUGCAGAAGUCGACACCAUUGUGUUUGACAAAACAGGGACUUUAACAACUGGAAGGCCUGUUGUGACCCAAGUUAUGGUUUCUCAUUCGGAGGGUGAUCAAAGUUCAAAGAAUACUUUGAAUCACAGAUUGACAGAAGUUGAUAUUUUGGCUUUAGCUGCUGGUGUUGAAUCUUAUACAAAUCACCCACUUGGGAAAGCUAUAGUGGAAGCUGCUCGUGUGGCCAAUAGUGCCAAUAUGAAGGUGAAAGAUGGAACCUUUAGGGAGGAACCUGGGUCUGGUGCUGUGGCAAUCAUUGAACAGAAGGAGGUUGCUGUUGGCACAUUGAGCUGGCUUCGAAAGCAUGGUGUUGUUGACAAUCCAUUUCCAAAUGCCGAAGCUGAUAAUCAGUCAGUUGUGUAUGUGGGAAUUGAUGGCGUAUUAUCUGGAUUAAUAUACUUUGAGGAUAAACUUAGGGAAGAUGCCCAACAAGUGAUUGAAACAUUAUCAAAGAAAGGAAUUAGUACAUACAUGUUAUCUGGAGAUAAAGAAAGUACUGCUGAGCAUGUAGCAGCUAUGGUUGGUAUCCAAAAAGACAGGGUUAUUGCUGCAGUCAAGCCACAUGAGAAGAAGAAAUUCAUUUCUAAACUUCAAGAAGAUCAAAAGGUGGUCGCAAUGGUUGGUGAUGGCAUUAAUGAUGCUGCUGCAUUAGCUUCAUCACAUAUUGGAAUUGCUAUGGGGGAAGGCGUUGGUGCAGCCAGUGAUGUAUCUUCAGUGGUGCUUAUGGGAAACAGAUUAUCACAGUUGGUUGAUGCUUUAGAGUUGAGCAAAGAGACCAUGAAGACUGUGAAGCAAAAUCUUUGGUGGGCGUUUGCAUAUAAUAUUGUUGGACUUCCAAUAGCUGCUGGAAUACUGCUCCCUGUAACUGGCACGAUACUGACACCAUCAAUAGCUGGAGCUCUAAUGGGUUUUAGUUCAGUUGGCGUGAUGGCAAAUUCACUUCUCCUGAGACUGAAGCUAGGAUCAAAUUCAAGCUACAAAUUUCAGCAGGAAAGCAAACCAAAUCCAAUCUCUAGUGUUGUUAUUGAUAUCAAAUAAGAGAAAAAGAACUUUGCUAAAUGGAGUACCUAAUUCUCUGGAUCUUAAGUAACACAACACAUUUUACCGAGCUUCCAAGGUUCUUGCUAAAUUGUGAUCGUACCCUGAGUGGACAGAUUUGGGUCGAACAUGUCAAUGGAAGUCCAAGCCUCUCAAUGGAUACUUUAAGCAAUAUCGACGACAUUUUCCACCAUUGCAUUUUUUGGUCAAUCAGUUCAUAUAUUCUUAACUUCUCAGAAAUUUGAAGUGAAUUCGGAGUGUUAACAGAGCUGGACAGGGAGCAUAAGGCAGUGUGUCAAACUCAAUUAGAUGUAAAAGCAGGCCAAAGAGUUACUUAGGACUUGUUAGGAUGUUGGAAUAAACUAUCCCAGGAUAAUUAGUUGGUGUUUGAAUUUUGUCAUGUAAUUGAAAGUAAGGAGUUUGAUUUUGCUGGUUGAAAGGUGUUGACAUUCAUUUUUUUGUUAGGAUAUCAUGUUUUAUUCGCAAGGUGAUCUAUUUGACAUCCAUUUUUUGAUAGGA